AUGGCUGCGGAAGGGGCAUCUGCGAAUGGCACUACGCCUGGAGAGAGACACGCUAUCGGUAUCUCCUUUGGGAACUCGAACAGCUCAAUUGCAUACACCACGAACGAGGACAAGGCUGAGGUAAUCGCCAACGAGGAUGGAGAUCGUCAAAUCCCUUCGAUUCUGUCAUAUGUGGACGGGGAAGAAUACAAUGGCCAACAAGCCAAGCAACAGCUUAUCCGGAACAGCAAGAACACUGUCGCAUACUUCAGGGACUUCUUGGGACAAAACUUCAAGUCAAUAGACCCGACUCACUGCCACGCUUCAGCCCAUCCCAAAGAGCACGAUGGCACGAUCGCAUUCAUAAUACAAGACAAGGAGGAAGGUGGACCAUCAGUUGUCACAAUCUCAGAGGUAGCCACUCGUCAAUUGAAGCGUCUGGCACAGUCUGCUUCCGAUUUCACUGGAAAGCAAGUCAACUCAGCGGUCAUCACCGUCCCAACCAACUUCAGCGAAAAGCAAAAGGCUGCCCUCACGAAAGCCGCCAACGAUGCUGGCCUCGAAGUUCUGCAGCUCAUCAGCGAACCCAUUGCUUCUCUUCUCGCGUACGAUGCGCGGUUGGAGGCUAAGGUGGCAGACAAAAUUGUUGUGGUCGCAGACUUGGGGGGUACUCGAUCGGAUGUGGCAGUCAUUGCAUCAAGAGGAGGCAUGUAUACAAUUCUAGCCACAGCGCAUGACUACGAAUAUGCCGGUGUACAACUUGACAAAGUUCUGCAAGACCACUUUGCUAAGGAAUUCAUCAAAUGGAACACUACCGACCCCCGGGAGAACGCCCGCAGUCUGGCAAAACUGAAGCUUGAAGCAGAAGCUACGAAGAAGGCACUCAGUAUCGGCACCAAUGCCAACUUCAGCGUCGAGAGUUUAGCAGAAGGUAUUGAUUUCGCAUCUACUAUCAACAGAUUACGCUAUGAGACCAUUGCACGAAAGGUUUUCGACGGCUUCAACCGACUUAUUGAGGGUGUCGUCAAGAAAGCUGGCCUCGAUGUCCUUGAAAUCGACGAAGUGAUCCUCUCUGGCGGAACCUCUCACACUCCCAAAAUCGCCUCGAACAUGAGCGCCAUCUUCCCUCCUACUACCACAAUCCUCGCACCCUCCACAACACCCACAGCUAUCAACCCCGCUGAAUUGCAGGCACGAGGAGCGGCACUGCAAGCAAGUCUGAUCCAAGAAUAUGAGAAGGAAGAUAUCGAGCAAUCGACUCACCCUGCUGUGACUACUGUCAAGCAUCUCACGAACGCCAUCGGGGUUAUGACCAUUACAGGUGACUCUGAUAAAGGUCUCUUCACUCCCAUCAUCGCAGCUGAGACCGCAGUCCCGGCUCGUCGAACAAUCCACAUCGCAACCCCAAAAGAGGGCGGCGACGUUCUGAUUAAGAUCGUCGAAGGAGGCUCACACAUCAAAGUCUCCAAGCCGGAGCCGAAAACCAAGACCAAUGGGGAGAAAUCCAAGGGCGAGGAUGGCAGUGAUGAUAGCGAUGAGGACGACAGCGACGACGGACCUGAGGAUGUGCGUGAGAAGGUAUGGAAAGUUGGGAACGUGCUUGCUGAAGCCGCAAUCAAAGGUGUAAAGAAGGGUGGCAAGAUCGAGGUUAUGAUUAAUGUGGCGGGCGAUCUCGCAGUGACCGUUACAUGUAGGGAGGUUGGUGGCAAAGGAGGCGUGAGAGGGAAUCUCGCCGCACCUUGA